GCCUUUCUCCAUGGCAUGCUGCGCGGGUCGGCAAAAUUGGUGGAAAAAGGGCGGUGCAUGGCGUGAAACUCGGCGUGUAAAUAUAAACAGAGCGCCAUUCACUUUACAUCCCGCAUCGCAGCAUAGCAUCCAUGGGGCAGUUUCUAGUUAUUCUACCAAAUCAACGAUAAGCAACUCGCGUGCCGCUAAUUUAUCUACUGCAGCCAUAAUCGCGCAAAGGUCAAAAGAACGUGUCUGUUGUGUGCCCUCCACCGCUGCAACCACGUGAAGUGCUUGCACGCUUUCAGCAAACCAGUCGUCGCAACAAUGCCCAACGAUGAUGACCUCCCGAACGGUGGUGUAGCGAAAGAUCAACGGUGGACACCAACCAGCCUGAUCGAUGGCCACGGGCUGGACGAUGGGCUAGCGAUUGUGCUGCUAAACCGACCGAUCCUGCUGGAAAAACAUUACUUUACAACGCUUUGGAAUGGUGCUAAGGUGCGGGUUGCCGUCGACGGUGGAACGAACAGGUGGGUUGACUUUGUGAAGAGCAACAUUAACGGUGAGCAGCUGCUAAAACCUCCCGAUCUCGUAACCGGUGACUUCGAUUCGUGCAAUCAGGAGGCCAUGCAGUACGUCGAGCAGCUGAAGUGUACGAAGGGUUUUUUGUAUCUCACCCGCCAGAUUGUCCACACGCCGGAUCAAAAUGCGACCGACUUUACCAAAUCGCUCAAGGUGCUCAAAUCGCAAGGUUACGAUCAGCAGGUGACGCGCGUCCUGGCACUGUGCGAAUCCUCCGGUCGGCUCGAUCAAAUUAUGGCCAACAUCAACACACUCUUCCUGGCGCAAGCGAUUCUACCCGGUGCGGAUGUGUUUCUGCGGUCGAGUAAUUCAUUGUCCUGGUUGCUACGACCCGGCGCCCAUAGCAUCGACAUUCCGCAGCGGCUCGUAACGGAACGGAUCUGGUGUUCGCUCGUCCCGAUCGGUCAGGGUUGCGUGUGUACGACCGAGGGACUGAAGUGGAAUCUGGACGGGAGCCGGUCAUUGCAGUUUGGCAGUAUUGUAAGUACCUCCAACACGUACUCGAUGAACCGGGUACGUAUCACCACGGAUGGCCCGUUGCUAUGGUCGAUGGGAACGACACCGAAGGAUAUGUGAUAGACAAGGGAGGAAUUAAUAUUCCUUUGUAACGAUAGGAUUUUGUGUUUGCUAAGCAAGGAUCAUCUCGUGCCUUCUGCGGGAAGCAACCGUUCCGGGGACGUUAAAAAUUAUACAAUAGAAUGAAUUUAGAAACUAUUCGCCAACGACAUCCUGUUUGGGAAAAGGAUAGGACUGGUUGUUUGCAUUUUAGAAGCGUUUUUAAACCGUUUGGCUAAUGUUCCUUGGCAACACACACACACAUACCUGCUGUUUGUCCACAACAUUGUUGGAAGGGGAAGUCAUGGACCCGUGUAUUAAAGCUCUGUAUAAUAUUGUAUGUUUAUCGACGUGACGCAGAAACUGCCACACAAUUCAAAAUUUGAUCACAUCACUUGAACGGGAACACACGCACACACGUUUCGAAGUGAAAUAAAAUAGACAUCGAAAAGGAUGGUUGAGCAUUAAGCAGCAGCCAUUUUUUAACCGAAA